CCUACUGCUGCAGAAGGUAACCUUUGUUCAAGUCUACUGGUGGAUCGUUAACUAGCUAUUUGACCCUCAGGUGUGGGGGAAAUUACGUAAGAGUGCAUACAGACCUGAGUUGGAUAGUACUGUUCCCCAUACAUACCUCUACAGGCUUAUCAGCUGCUGUCCUGGGUGACAGUCCCAUGUUGUGCACAUCACAUCGAGGUCCAUCCAAGUUUUCCCUGCACUCUCUCCUGUCAAGGUGAUGUCAUAUAGCACCUGCCUCUGUCUAUCCCUGUCUGAACAAAGUCUCUGAACAAGCAAUUACAAGAUGUCUGAACAAGAGGAUUCCAUUGUCCUCAAUGGGGUUCCUGUCAUAGAGAAGAGUUCUGAGAGUUGUGUGAGUGACAUUCCUCUUGGCGAAACCGAACAGUUACCACCAGUCUCCAAACUCCAACAGAACAGUCCCCUUGUCAAUGGAGGAGUAGUAGACCAUCCACAGCCAAACUCUGAGUCCGAGUCAGAUGGAGAGGGCAAAGACAGCCAGGAGACAAGCAUACCUGAAGCACCAGCCAAACCACCCAGAUCACCCGGACUAGAGGGACCUCAAUGGGAUCCUCUCUCAGGUGCCUCGGUGCCCCUGAAGCUGUCGGAUGUGUCUCUGGCCCCAGCGGAGCAGCUCUGGUGCUCCUUUAGGGAUCAGGCGGUCAAGCUGAGGAUGACUGAGACAGGGCUGGGCUGCAAGGCCCCCAUGACCGUCCACCAGAUGUUCCUGGAGACGGUGGAGCACUACGGAGACCUGCCUGCACUGGCAUCUAAGAAAGAGGGGCAGUGGGUCACCCUGACCUGGAGGGAGUAUUUCCAGCAGUGCCGACUGGCGGCCAAGAGCUUCCUCAAGUUGGGGCUGGAGCGUUACCAUGGUGUCGGUAUUCUGGGCUUUAACUCUCCAGAGUGGUUCAUCUCAGACAUUGGCUGUAUCCUGGCUGGGGGUUUUGCUGCAGGCAUCUACACCACCAACUCCCCCGAGGCAUGUCAGUAUGUAGCAGACAACUGUGAGGCCAAUGUCCUUGUGGUGGAGAACCACAAACAGCUCCUCAAAAUCCUCCAGAUUAAGGACAAGCUUCCACACUUGAAAGCUAUCGUUCAGUACAAAGAUGAACUGCAACAGAAGCUGCCAAACUUGUACACUUGGGCUGAGUUUAUGAAGCUGGGUGAGGAGGUGUCUGAUGAACAGCUGAAUGCUGUGGUGGACAGUCAGAGGGCUAACCAGUGUUGUACACUCAUCUACACCUCUGGAACCACAGGCAACCCCAAAGGGGUCAUGCUGAGUCAUGACAAUAUCACCUGGACUUCAAAUGCGGCGGGCACCAUGCCAGAUCUGAAACAUGGUGAGGAGGUGGUGGUGAGCUACCUGCCCCUGAGCCAUGUAGCUGCCCAGGUCAACGACAUGUGGAUCGCCAUGAGAUUCGCAGCGGUGACGUAUUUCGCAGAACCAGACGCCCUGAAGGGCUCUUUGGGGACUACUCUGAAAGAGGUGCGCCCCACCAGUUUCCUGGGAGUUCCCCGUGUGUGGGAGAAGAUGCAGGAGAAGAUGAAAGCCAUUGGUGCCAAGUCCUCUGGUAUGAGGAAAAGAGUGGCAGACUGGGCUAAAUCCAUCGGAUUGCAAGCCAGCUACAGUGCCAUGAAUGGUGAGAACCUGUUGCCCUGGGGCUUCAUGCUGGCAAACAACCUGGUUUUUAAGAAGGUUCACUGGGCCAUGGGCCUGGACCGCUGCAGGAACUGCUUAACAGGGGCCGCACCCAUCACCAGGGAGACCCUCGAGUAUUUCAUGAGCCUUCGCCUCCCCUUGUAUGAGCUGUAUGGGAUGAGUGAAAGCACCGGCCCUCACACCAUCUCCUGGGAGAAUAACUUCAAGAUCAUGAGCUGUGGAAAGGUGGUGAAUGGCUGCCAGACAAAGUUGGACAAGCCAGACGAGGAUGGGAAUGGUGAGAUCUGUUUCUGGGGGCGUCAUGUGUUCAUGGGCUACCUGAACGAGCCAGAAAAGACUGAGGAGGCCUUGGACCAGGAGGGCUGGCUGCACUCUGGAGACCUGGGCAAGCACGACAAGGACAACUUCCUGUUCAUCACAGGGAGGAUAAAGGAGCUGAUCAUAACAGCAGGAGGAGAGAAUAUUCCACCUGUGCCCAUUGAGGAUGCAGUGAAAGCAGAGACCGCCAUCAUCAGCAACGCCAUGUUGCUCGGAGACAAGCUCAAAUUCCUCUCUAUGAUGCUCACACUCAAAUGUGUAGUCGACGACAACGGCGAUCCAACGGACGACUUGACCCCAGAGGCCUUGGCGUUCUGCCAGCAGCGUGGCGUCAUGGCAACCAAGGCCUCUGAGAUUAUAGCCAGUGAGGAGCCAGCUAUUUACAAGGCCAUACAGGAGGGCAUAGAGCGAGUAAAUGCUAAGGCCAACUCCAACGCCCAGAGGGUCCAGAAGUGGGUCAUUUUGGACAGAGACUUCUCCAUAUCCGGGGGAGAACUGGGACCUACCAUGAAGCUAAAGAGGGGGGUUGUUGUCAAAAUGUUCCAGGAGAAAAUCAAUGCUAUUUAUGGAAUGGCACAAGAGUAACAGAGGCACUCAAACAGGACUGGAGAACAUUGGACUGUUGUAGUUAUUGACCUAUCAAAUAUAUCUGCUCUAUGUCAAUAUUUAAGCUGUUUUUAUGCACAUAAGAUUACACAGCAAUGAUAUUAGCACUUUUUUGUAAAUAAACCAUAUAAUCAUCAUUGCCAAAUCUAGUGUCCACAACUGUGCAAGCAGUUUGUGCUUCUGGUAAAAAAAUAAAUAAUAAUAACUGUAAUUGCAACCGUAGCAAUACUUUCAAAGUCGUAUCACUGUCAUAGACUUUUAUUUUAUUAUUUGUCAAAUAUAUGUUUGCAAAAAAAAAAACUUAUUUUCUCUCAACAUGUUCAAGGAGAAUCUAAGGACAUACCAAGGACAAUCAUUUAGCACUGCAAUAUAGUGCACAUCACUUUAAGUGAAGGACAAUGAUACGGAAACAUAUUAUUUUAUCAUUAAUGUUAUGUUUUUGAUCCCAUAAAAAUACUAUGAAUCACAACAAUUGUUUGGAAUUUUACCCAAUGCUUUUCUGUGUACAUGAAGAAAUAUUGAAAUGUAAAUGUUUAUGUGUUAAAUGAACUUGAUCAAUAAAAUCUGAAACGAUUUCAAGCCAA